AUGGAUGCUCCCCUUAAUGACGAUCCUGUUGUGAUCGUUGGCAUCUCAGUUCGCUUCCCUCAAGACGCUUCAAGCCCCAGAGGUCUAUGGGAAUUGUUAUGCGAUGGGCGUUCAGCUCUUACGCCGACUCCCAAAAAUCGAUAUAAUGUCGACGCAUUUUAUCACCCAAAUGCCGAUCAUGGCGGUACCGUGAACUUUCGAGGUGGCCAUUACCUACAGCAAGAUAUAUCAGCUUUUGAUGCCCCGUUCUUCUCAAUUUCUCCCGAUGAAGCAAAGACGAUGGAUCCACAGCAGCGUUUGCUGUUAGAGGUGGUCUAUGAAGGCUUUGAGAAUGCGGGCAUUCCUAUGAGCAAAUACGUGUCUUCGCGCACAGCGUGUUUCGUCGGCGCUUUUACUCGCGACUACGAAGGACUCUUGGGUCGAGACCCGGAGAAUCUUUCGGCAUAUCAGGCAACGGGGAAUGGAAUGGCGAUGCUUUCCAACAGAGUCAGCUGGUUUUACGAUCUCAAAGGCCCUAGCAUGAGUCUCGAUACGGCGUGUUCAAGCAGCUUGACAGCUUUUCAUCUAGCUUGCCGAAGCUUGCAGCAUGAAGAAGCAGAAAUGGCGGUCGUAGCAGGGUCCAAUCUCUUCUACAAUCCCGACCAGAUGGUUCCCUCAACAGCCAUGCGCUUCCUUUCCCCUGAUAGCAAGUGUUACUCCUUUGAUCACCGGGCAAAUGGCUACGCUCGAGGCGAAGGGCUUGGAGCAGUAAUUAUAAAAAGGCUCUCCAGUGCCAUCCGUGACGGCGACACAAUUCGUGCCGUGGUGCGAGGAACAGGCGUCAACCAAGAUGGUCGCACACCAGGCAUUACACUUCCAAGUCAAGAAGCACAAAGGUCCUUGAUUAGAGAAACAUAUGCCAAAGCUGGACUCGGGCUAGAGCAAACCAGAUACUUUGAGGCACAUGGUACAGGCACAGCGGCUGGUGACCCUCUGGAAGCUGGAGCUAUAGCAGCGACUUUUGCUGAGGCUAGAACAAAGGAUGAUGGCGAACCACUCAUCGUCGGGGCAAUCAAAUCCAACAUCGGGCAUCUUGAAGGUUCAAGUGGUUUGGCUGGGCUAAUCAAGACCAUUAUGGUGUUGGAGACUGGCAAUAUCCCUCCUAACAUUUGGAUGGAGAAGGUCAAUCCCAAGAUUCCAGCAAAGCAAUGGAAACUCAAGUUUCCCACGUCCAAUACUCCGUGGCCAUGCAGCGGAUUGAGGCGGGCCUCGAUCAAUUCUUUCGGGUACGGAGGAAGUAAUUCUCACGUCAUUCUUGACGAUGCAUACCACUAUCUGCAGCAGCACAGGCUCGAAUGUCGGCACAACACAGUUGCAGGCCCCGGUGGCCCGUUGAAUGGUGUCAAUGGAACGCAUACAAAUGGCGACUUGCAUAAUGGCACCCCUGUGAAUGUUACAGACUUCACCUCUGCGAACCUAUUCUUGUGGUCCGCCUCGGAUCAAAAGGGAAUAGAACGAGUGGUGAAGGAAUACUCAAAAUUCCUUCGGAACGACGCCGAUAAACAACGAGAAACAACGUUUCUGGAGAGGCUUGCUUACACCUUGUCUACCAAGAGAACAUCCCUGCCUUGGAAGUCCUUCACGGUGGCAAGUUCAGUUAAUGAACUCGUCCAGGAAAUGGACAACUCUCCCCUGAAGCCCAUUCGCUCUAGUCAAGAGCCAAAUAUUGGAUUUAUAUUCACAGGCCAGGGAGCUGAGUGGCAAGGCAUGGGAAGAGCUCUGUACUUGAGAUAUCCCAUCUUCGCAGACAGCUUAACGGCAGCUGACGUUUACUUGCGACAAUCCCUAGGCGCCACGUGGUCCCUAUUAGACACAUUCCUGGAUGAUGAAAACACAGCUAGGAUUCAUGAUCCGGCCAUUAGCCAACCUUUUUCCACUGCUUUGCAAGUAGCGCUCGUGGAGCUGCUUUCGAGCUGGGGAUUGACGCCGUCGAGGGUCGUCGGUCAUUCGUCUGGCGAGAUUGCUGCAGCCUUCUCAGCCGGCAUAAUCAGCAGAGAAUGUGCCUGGGGCAUCGCUUAUUACCGUGGUGAAGCGGUGGUGGAAGCUGUUUCUUCUGACGGCACAACGAACACUGGCGCAAUGAUGGCGGUCGGAGCAUCUGAGCAGGUGACGCUUCAGUACAUCGCAAGACUCGAAGAAAGCAGCAAGAUACUCGUAGUCGCAUGCGUAAAUAGUCCUACCAAUGUCACGGUUUCGGGAGACGAGGACAUGGUUGACAAGCUGAAGAUUCUCCUCGAUGAAGAAGGCAUCUUCUCCCGCAAGCUGCAUGUCAAGGCUGCGUAUCACUCUCCAUACAUGAAUAGAGUCGCAGAGGCAUACCGUGCCAAACUCGAAACACUCGACUUUGCAUCGUCCGACCAAAAGAACAAGAUUGAGAUGUUUUCGUCGGUCACGGGAACGAUUGCCGACAAGGCGUCCGUUGCGACACCAGAUUACUGGGUGUCCAACCUGGUCUCCCCAGUGCUGUUUCAUCACUCGUCUCGGGCCAUGUGCACGCAGCGGCCGACUAAGAAGGGAAUCACGAUUGGCAGUCAAGAGAGCCCCUUGGAUAUUCUCAUCGAGGUUGGGCCACACUCGGCGCUACAAGGACCGAUGAAGCAGACAAUGGCUGCAGAGAGCAGCUGUAAGGGUAUGCAGUAUUUCUCGAUGCUAUCCCGGAGCAGAUCAGCGGUAGAAACUGCGUUGCAGUUGGCGGGAAACCUUUACAAGUACGGCUCGAAACUGGACUUUCAAUUCAUCAACAAUCCCGGUGUUCAGGAGAUGCUUAUUGACUUGCCAAGCUACGCGUGGAACCAUGAGAAUAAGUACUGGUGCGAGAGCCGCAUGAGCAAGGGGUUUCGGUUCCGAAAGUUUCCACGGCAUGAUAUCCUUGGUGCGCCCGUCUCUGACUGGAACCCGCUCGAGCCUCAAUGGCGGAAUGUCCUCAGGGUCUCUGAGAAUCCUUGGCUUGUGGACCAUAUGAUAACGGACGUGGUGCUUUAUCCAGCUGCGGCAUCUCUCGUCAUGGCCAUCGAAGCAUCGCGCCAACUUGCUGAUGUUACUCGGACAAUAUCAGGCUAUCAGUUACGUGAGAUAACUCUUCAUCAAGCUCUGGCAAUACCAAAAACAGCCGACGGUGUGGAGACAAUGUUCUGCAUGCGACCACACGGUGAUAACAGCUUCGGAGGCUCUGCGACAUGGAAUGAGUUCCACGUAUAUUCUUACAGUGAAGAAUAUGAAUGGCGUGAGCAUUGCCGUGGACUCGUCUCCGUUGAGUACGAGACCCAGCCUACGGAUUCUCUUGGUAAAGAAAGUGAAGUUGAAGCCGAGGCACGGGAGCUCCGAGAGCUCGUCAAAGGCGCAGAGACUCGUUGCCAGAAAGAGCUGGGUCGAAAGCAGAUGUACGAUCACUACGAGUCUAUUGGGCUGCAGUACGGUCCAACCUUCAGGGCAAUCCACAACAUCAGAUACACUGACAACGAAGCCAUUGGAAAUAUCAAGAACCCAGAUUUAAAGGCAAUCAUGCCAAACGGCUACUAUCACCAGCCGGUGAUCCAUCCAAUCACACUGGACAACUUACUGCAGCUAUUGCUUCCUGCCAUGGGACGUGGCAUUGCAAGUCUGGACGAGCCAAUCAUACCAACUCUCAUCGGAAAGCUUUGGGUCUCAGCUUCAAUAUCUGUCGAUGCAGACUACAGCUUCUCGGGCUAUGGCAACGCAAGGUGGAUGAGUGCCCGAGAAGCCAGGGGCUGGGGUGUUCUCAUGGACGAAGAUCGCCAAUCGCCAUGGGUUAUCCUCAGAGACUCUGUCUCGAAAGUUGUGCACUCUGCGGACUUUUCCACGGCACCCCAAGCGUCCCAAAACAGACAAGUUGGUUCAUUCAACAUUGCGUGGCAACCAGACGUGGACUUUGUCGACACGAAACAUCUUAUUCGACUGUCGGGAGACGCAAAACAGAAAGACUGGACGACUGAAACGCAUGAUCUGGAGUUGUUGGGCAUCAGCUAUAUCAAGGAGACACUUGCAGCCUUGGAACAGGACUCAAGCAUAAAUAUGCCUCCACACUUGGAGAAAUACGUCAGCUGGAUGAGAUUCCAGGCGGAGAGAUUUGGACAGGGCGAAAAGCAAGAGGUUGACCGAGUCGCCUUAGAAGAAAAGGUUGAGGCUUCCUCAGUGGACGGUCAAGCCAUGACGAGGAUUGGUCGAAAUCUAGGUCGGAUCCUGAAGCAGGAAACUGGUUUCCUGGAGCUGUUGGCCGAAGAUCAGCUUCUAGACCGGUUUUACGAGUUUGCCAUUGGCAGCGAGACGCUUCAUCAACACCUUGCCACCUACUUGGACACGGCUGCCUUUAAAAAUCCAGACAUGAAUAUCCUUGAGAUCGGCGCUGGCACUGGCUCUGCCACAAAGACUAUCCUUAAUGCACUUACCGGCGAAGGAAUGGUGAGGAUUGCCAGGUACAUGUACACGGAUAUAUCAGGCGGCUUCUUCGACAAAGCGAAAGAGAAGUUCCAAGACUGGAUCGACGUCAUGACAUACAAGACUCUCAACAUCGAGGUCGACCCAGUCGAGCAAGGUUUUGAGCUCAAUAAGUAUGAUGUGAUUGUAGCGUCUCACGUUUUGCAUGCUACCGCGCGACUUGAUGUCACAUUGGACAACACCAAGAAGUUGCUGAAACCGGGCGGGUGGUGGUUGUCCAAAGAGAAGAACAGGAAAUGGGGACCUACCAUUACGGCCGACGAGUGGAAUAAUUUGCUUCAGCGCCACGGGUUUGAGGCCUGCGACCAUAUCAUCAAAGAUAUGGAAGAUCCCAGCCUUCACCAAGCUAGUAUUCUGGUUAGCACCUAUAUGCCUGACCGUCAAGUCUCCGGAACAGAUGUCGUAGUGGUCACAUCCCCUAGCAAUCCGCAGGAGGCUCUCGCAUCAGAAGUCCAAGGAAGACUGCAGCGACAGGGUCAAACAGUCACCAUCUUGCCUUUCACAUCAAUUAGGAAGCAUGACAUUGCCAGAAAACCAGUCAUUUGCAUUGCUGAGCUCCACGACACUAUGCUCCAUAAGCUCAAAGAGGAUGAAUAUGCAGACCUACAACACAUGGUUGGGGCUGCUUCAGCCAUAGUCUGGGUCACGAAAGGAGGCACCUUUGCCACAGAAAACCCUCUGUCUGCACUAUCAAAUGGAUUUGGACGCAAUGUCCGGGCUGAGCGUGAAGGGUACCGAUUUGUCAGACUUGACUUGGAGGAGGAUGUGACCGUGGAGUCGGCAGCGAAUUCAAUCGCCAAAGUGUACAUGCGUCUCUCAACGUCGCCUGCAAUCACUGAGAAUGAGUAUGCGGUCAAGGACGGAAACCUCUUCAUCUCCAGACUAGUUCAUGACGAUCAAUUUGCCGAGACUUUCACCUCCUUGUACGCGAAGCCGGAGACUCAGCUUGUCCCCUUUAGCAAGGAUGACCGAGCUCUGAAAUUGGACAUUUCGUCUCCAGGAACACUGAGUACCUUUCACUUCAAGGACGAUGAUGUAUAUGGUCUUGAACUCGGUCCCAAUGAGAUCGAGGUGAAAGUCAAAGCUGUAGGACUCAACUUCAAGGACGUGAUGAUUGCAAUGGGCCAGCUGAGCGAUACUUGGCUGGGCAAUGAAUGCUCAGGUGUCAUAACCAGGGUAGGCAAAGAUGUGAGUGAUUUCACGGUUGGGGACAGGGUCUGCAGCGUCGGUGUUGGAACAUUCCGAACUUUCUACAGGGACGAUGCUCGCUUGUUCCAGAGGAUAUCGGACCAUAUGAGCUUUGCGGAAGCCGCUGCAUUGCCGCUCGUCUACUGGACAGCAUACUACUCUCUGUUCGAGCUGGCUAGGUUAAAGAAGGGUGAGAGUGUGCUGAUCCACGCUGCCGCGGGAGGCGUUGGCCAAGCAGCCAUUGUGCUUUCUCAGCUCAUUGGCGCGGAAAUAUUUGUCACUGUUGGCACGGCGGAAAAGAAGCACUUCUUGAUGGAGACGUAUAAUAUCAAAGAAGACCACAUCUUUUCGAGUCGAGACCUUUCCUUUGCCAAAGGAGUCAUGCGAUUGACGAACCAACGUGGUGUUGACGUUGUUCUCAAUUCUCUAUCUGGGGAAGCACUCCGGCAGUCAUGGGAACUCAUGGCUCCAUCAGGUCGAUUCAUCGAGAUUGGCAGGCGAGACAUUGAUCUGAACAGGCGUCUCGAGAUGAGUGUGUUCGCUAGAGGCGCUACGUUUUCAUCUGUCGCCGUGGUGUUGAAGGACAAUCGCGACAUGGUCGGUCGAAUCUUGAGAGAGAUUAUGGAUUUGGCAAGGGAGAAGAAGAUUUCGCCUGCAAAACCUUUGAAUCUCUUCCCGUAUUCGAAAAUGGAGGUGGCUUUCCGAUUCAUGCAGGCGGCCAAGCACAUCGGGAAGAUUAUCCUUGAACCUCAUGACGACGACGUCGUACCAGCACUCCCUCCGAUGAAGAUGCCGCGAUACUUUGAUGAGAAUGCAUCCUACUUGAUUUCGGGUGGCCUUGGCGGCCUUGCUCGGAGCAUGGUGAGAUGGAUGGUUGACAAGAACCUGAAGAAUGUGAUCUUAUGCUCGCGAUCAGGGCCAAACAGUGACAAGGGCAAAGCGAUGGCAAAGGAGCUGCGAGAGAGAGGCGUGAAUGCAGCCAUUUAUGCUUGUGAUGUCAGCAGCGCCAUUGAACUUGCUGCUGUGUUGGAGGACUGUGCACGAAAGAUGCCCCCAAUUAAAGGGUGCAUACAAGCAGCCAUGGUAUUACGAGAUUCGACUUUCGAGAACAUGUCAUACGCCGACUUCCAAGAGCCCCUGCGCAGCAAAGUUCCAGGAACCUGGAAUCUCCAUAGCAUGCUGCCGGACUCUCUGGACUUCUUCGUCAUGCUGUCUUCCUCAUCUGGCAUCAACGGAACUCGUGGCCAGGCGAACUAUGCUGCAGGCAACACGUUCCAAGAUGCAGUAGCACAUCAUCGAGUCAGCCAAGGUCAACACGCCAUCGCCAUCGACCUCGGCUUUGUUCUCUCCGUUGGAUAUGUGGCGGAGGGCGGCAAUGCUGAGAUUGACAAUAACCUCAGCGCAUGGGGAUUCAUGGGUAUUCGUGAAGAGGAGUUCCUCGCCAUCAUAGAAUACUGCGUCAACCCCAGCACGCCUCGUCCGACUCCCACAACGUGUCAAGUGGUCACUGGCAUCGAAAACCCUGCUUUGAUGCGCGCCAAGGGUCUCGAGAAGCCGUACUACUUCAAGGAUCCGUUCUUCAGUCACCUCCAGAUUGCCAACAGGGAUGAGAAUUCGUCUGCGCUCGGCGGCGACGACCAAGAGCGCGAACUGACUGCCCAGACCAUCGCCGCUCUACGCUCAGUGAAGUCUCUCGAUGAGGCUGCCGGACUGAUCCGAGUCGCUUUUGUGGCUAAGCUGUGCAAGGUUCUGAGCAUCAAUCCGGAUGACCUUGAUGUGAACAAGCCGUUGUACACGUAUGGAGUGGACUCGCUGGUGGCAGUGGUGAUUAGGUAUUGGCUGUUUCGGGACUAUCACGCAGAUGUACCCGUGUUUGACAUUAUGGGAGGGAGUACCAUUACGGGUUUGAGCUUGAAAAUUGCAGCCAAGACGAAGUUUGUAGAUAAAUCUUUGAUAGAGAUGGAAGAACAGGAUAGAUUGGGCGGUGAAGCGGAAGAUUAG